AUGCACGAGUUUGCUUGGAAUUUGAAAAUAUUGCAACUUUGCGGAAUUUGGCGGCCCCUCGCAUGGUCCAGUGGUUGGAAAAAAAAUAUUUACAACGCGUACACGAUUUUUGCCAUCUUUUCCGUUUACACGUUCACCCUCUCGGAAUUGAUCGCGGCUGCAAUGUCCAUUGGCAAUUUGAACGAGGCAAUUAACAUCCUUUUCAUGGCCCUCACCAUCCUCGGAACAUGUUACAAAAUGACUAAUUUAGUUCUUAAACGAAAUGAAACGAUCGCGUCGUUGGAAAUGUUGAACAACGGAUUGUGCCGGCCUGUCGCGGACCAGGAAAUAGCGAUACAAAUGAAAUUCGACAAACGAAACAGCAAAAACACCUUGUUAUUUUGUGGACUCGUGUCAGUAGCCGUAAUGACCAUAACCAUUGGAUCAGUCUUCGGAAACGUUCCGAAUCGGACUCUCCCGUUCAAGGCAUGGUUGCCCUUCGAUCACACAAGUGAAUUAGGCUUCUGGAUUGGGUAUUCUCAUCAAAUUUGGGCGCACGGACUUGCAGCCACCAUCGGUGGGGCUCAUGACGCUUUUUUUCACAGUUUUAUGCUUCAAGCCUGUUCUCAAUUGAACAUUCUCAAGUCUCGACUCAAUUCGAUUCCUGACGUCGCCCGGAAAGAAUCGCUAAUCAGUGUCGAAACGAGAGAACAACUCAAAGUCCGAGUGUGCGUUCAACAUCAUCUAGAAAUAUACGAGUUCGUCGAGCGAUCUAAUGGCAUCUUCAGCAUGGUCAUUUUCAUACAAUUCUCAAUCAGUACUUUCGUCAUUUGCGUGAGCACUUACAUGCUCUCAAAGGCGAAUUUUCUCAGUGCUGGAUUCACAUUUCUUCUCGUGUAUCUCGGGUGCAUGCUCGUACAAAUAUUCCUUCUGUGCUGGUACGGCGACGAAGUCAUAACGGAGAACACGAACGUCAGUGACGCUAUUUAUGACAUGGACUGGAACUCGUUGAAUCAAAGCACGAAGAAGGGCUUACAGAUGAUGAUGGUACGAACUCAUCAUCGGCUCCGCUACGACGGUGGCUUCGUCAUCACCCUGUCCAUCGAGUCUUACAACAGUCUGAUGAAACUGACUUAUUCCAUCUACAAUUUGUUGCAACGGACAUCGAUGUGAGCUAAAAAAUAGAAUGACGUUCCUCACAGCCGGAGGAUGUGAAUCUAAGUUAUCUGAAGACGUGGCAGCGUAAAAUAGUUUCUCAAAAACGAAGAUAAGUUGCCCCGUAUGUGUAUCCUCGAGAUCCGAUUACUUUUGUAAUGUUUUUUGGAGAAUGUGGAUAAAGAACGAACGCUGAUACAAUUUUUAUUAAUUUAUCUCGAUUUCCGAUUCUUCUAGUCACUUUAUAGAGCUGCAAAAGUAUUUUCAAUUUUUUUGUGAUCUCAA